AUGUCUUCAAAGCUGUUUUUUCGAUUGGUCCGAACCUUUUCUUCCAAUAAGAUCAUGUCAUCUACGAUGGGUACUUUACCAUCGACAACAAGGAUAGAUACUACGAGUAGCUCUUCAAAUCCGAGUUCAUCUCCAUCAUCCGAGGGAGCUAUGAAUAUUGUUCAAUAUUUUCCGAAUUUGAAUUUAUUCAAAAUUAUAUAUGAAUAUAACAACAGCAAAAUAGAAAGGAAUAAUCAGCAGAAUGAUAUACCGUUGUUGGAUGAGUCAUCUACUAGAAAAUAUGAAUUUCAAACCAUUGACGAUGUAUCGGAGUUUGAAAAAUUCAUCGAAAAAGAAUUGGAGCCUAGUCAUGUCAUUCAAAAGCCAUCUUGUGUGCUAUAUAGAACUAUUCCGAGCAAUUCUGAGAAUACGACUACUGCUGGCUCUCUUCAUCAAUCUCAACGGCAGACGUCAUCUUCAACAACAGCCCAAAAUAAUUUAAUGAACGAACAUAAAAAUUAUGAAGAUCAAAACAAGGAUUCCAAUAAUGUAUUGUUAAUGUUAGAUAAGGGAACAAAAAUUUUCUCAAUUGAAGAAUUGGAAAAGGGAGAAUGGCGUCUUGUAGUAGUUGCUCCUUCUUUGUGGUUCUCACAACAGCAGAAAAAGAAGGGAGUGAAACGACAAAUUUCUGACGUGCUUUCCACAGGAAAUGAAACAUCGGAUUCAAAUGCAACUCUUUCAAGCGACGAAAAAGAGUUGACCAAAGUUUAUAUUGGAUAUAUUCCUUCUCAUUAUGCUGGAAAACUAAAUAGAAAAACAAUUUCUUCCAAAGUUAAGGAACCAGUAGUGAGUCAUACAGAAAAUGUGACAACGGGUAGCAGCACCACCAGCCAUACUGAAACGGCAUCAAGUCUCCACAAUGAAGUAAUAUCCAAUUAUGACAGUCACACAAAAACUUACUCCUUCAACAUGAAAUCCAUUGGAAUUUUUCACUCUGUCUUUCCGACAAAGAAUGGCUGUCCACGACAAUUUGGUUUAGUCGACGCAAGUAAGGGAAUACUCGAAGUAACAAUACCUCAAGGAGAAUUGGCACUAGACGGAUUAGAAAAGUUUAGCCAUUGCUGGCUCAUGUUUGUGUUCCAUGAGAACUCGUUGGAAAGCAAUGACCGUGUGAAAAUUAGACCUCCAAGAAUGAACGGCAACGGAAAGGUUGGUAUUUAUGCCACUCGAUCUCCACAUAGACCCAACGGUAUUGGACUCAGUGUGGCUAAAAUUGAGAAAAUUGAAGGCAAGUUUGUGUACCUGAGUGGUGCUGAUCUUAUAGAUGGUACACCUGUCAUUGAUAUUAAGCCCUACAUUUCAAGGUAUGAUAGCUUGCCCAAUACUGAAACCACAGUUCCAGAAUGGAUUCAAGAAGAUACAUAUGUGCAACAAAUUGAUGAAUCCAAAAUUUCAUUUUCUCAACAGGCAAUAACAGAUCUAGAGCAACUAUUACCCAAGCUACGCUUUUAUGAUAAUCUUGAUGCACUUAAAAAAGCAAUCAUUCAGGUACUACAAAGCGACCCAAGACCAGUCUACAUGAGAAAGAGACGAGAUGACAAGUUGUAUGGUUUUAGAAUCGAUAACGCCAAUGUGAGAUGUAAAUUUGAAGAGGAUGAUUCUAUUGAAGUUGUCACCGUGGAGUUGUGGGAAGAAUAA